AUGGUCGAGACCGAAUCUACGCUUCCCUCUCCUCCAUCGGAAUCGGCGUCCGCCUCCGCAGUGCCUCUAGACUCACCAAUGCGCACCACCCCCAUACAUGUCAAUCUUUCCGAGAUCAAAGUCCCAGAUGGUGAUUUCCCAUUAUAUCGAUACCACCCGGUCACAUGCCAGCCGAUGGAGCCACGCGACUAUCAAUCUGAGCUUGCGAAGUUAGAACGUGAAUACCCGUCGCGCGAGGGUGCCUCCAGGGCCCAGGACGAAAUGGCCAAAGAAGUUAAGGCCAAAAUUGAAAGCGCACAAAAAAAACGAGAAGAAGUUCAGAAAGCGAUUGACAAGAAGAUCAAGGAGCUCAACAUCGAAAUGAAGGUUAUCGAAGGGAAGGUUGUUUCCAAGUACCAAGAGAAGGCAUCUGAUGUUCCGUCUUGA